AUGGGAGCUCAGUGGUCUAAACAAAUGGAACGCCGGAAAUUGAUCGCCGACGAGAAGAAAACUUUACAAGAUCUCAACGAGAGCUCAGGUUGCGUCUUUCCCGGCUGCGAUCACCGCCCAGCCGACCGGAAAAACUGGAUUUCCGGCCUCAACCCGGAGAAAGUUCACAUUAACAAGAUUGUUUGGCCAGGAACCCAUGAUUCCGGCACCCAUAAGAUCGGAAUCAAGAUGGUUUCUCGACCAUUCGCUCAGUGUCAAUCUUUAUCCAUUUACCAACAACUCGUACUAGGAACACGUCUUCUCGACAUUCGAGUCAACGAGAAUCAGAAAGUCUGUCAUGGAAUCCUCGCAACAUUCGCUAUUGACGUUGUUAUCAACGACGUGAAGAAGUUUCUAUCAGAAACUGAAUCUGAGAUCAUAAUUCUUGAGAUCCGAACUGAAUUCGGUCAUAAUGAUCCACCGGAAUUCGAGAAACAUUUGGAGGAGCAACUUGGUGAAUAUUUAAUCCAUCAAGAUGAUCAUGUUUUCCAAAAAACAGUAGCGGAGAUUCUACCCAAAAGAAUUAUAUGCGUUUGGAAGCCUCAAAAAUCCGACCCACCGAAAGCGGGUAGCCCGUUUUGGAGUUCGGGUUAUUUGAAAGAUAAUUGGAUCGACACUGAUUUACCUGCGACGAAAUUCGAGAGUAAUCUGAAGUACUUGGGUCAACAACAACCGGUGACUUCCCGGAAAUACUUUUACAGGGUGGAGAAUACGGUGACACCACAAGCUGAUAACCCGGUUUUGUGUGUGAAACCGGUUACGAAACGGAUCCAUGGAUUUCAUUGA